AUGGUUAUUUCAGGGCAUUCGCAUGUGAACGCCACUGUGAUCACUGGAGUUGCUGUUCAAGAAAAUGACAGCUCUGUAGUACAGGUGUUUGCUCGCAAGCCAAUGCGUCGGUGGCGUUACCGCACUGAUGUCUAUGUAGAUGGUGUCCAGCGAUUCUUCGACAAACCUCACUGGAAGUACCAACAGUUCAGAAAUGUGGAUUUGCGCAAUCCACUACAAAACAUGAAUCAGUCUGAAAUAAUUAUUAUGCUGAAGUCUGGCAUUGGUAUUCGAGUACAUGAAAGUUAUGGUAUGCUCGAUGUGCGUGUAUAA